AUGUCUUCUCCCUCAGGCUCCUCGGCAGCAGGCAAGCGGAAACGCACCAACGCGACGAACCCCACCAACAUGCCCGACGUCGCCGACACAGUCGACGCCGCUCUCCAGGCUUCGUCGCGAGAUGCCUCGGGCGAGGAGGGCGACAGCACCGCUCCCGAAUCCGGUCGCAUCGCCGGUCACCGCAAGUCCGACUCCACCUCCGCCGGUCACCCUCCUAAGAGGCAACGUGCCAACUCGGAGCGUUCUCACGAGACGAGCUCCAACAACCAGCAGACCGCCGCCGCCGCGCAGGAUCACUCCCUCGACCCCGGCGAACCUAGUGACACCACCGAGGCCAGCGUCGACAUUGCUGAGCGCGUCGGCCGCAAGAACAGCCGCAAGCAGGUCUCGAUAAAGGAGGACGAGAAGGAUGAGGCCAUGCCGCCCCCGCCAACUGGAAAACUCACGCACCCCGUGGGCUUCAGAACAAACGAUCCUCCUGCUGGCCGGGCCGUCAGGGUUUACGCCGACGGAGUCUUUGACCUCUUCCAUCUCGGUCACAUGCGCCAGCUUGAGCAGGCAAAGAAGGCCUUCCCCGACACCUACCUCAUCGUUGGCGUCACCGGUGACGCCGAGACGCACAAGCGCAAGGGCCUGACGGUUCUCUCCGGCGCCGAGCGCGCAGAGACUGUCCGGCAUUGCAAGUGGGUGGACGAGGUCAUUGAGAGUUGCCCGUGGAUCGUCACACCCGACUUCCUCGACCAGCACAAGAUCGACUACGUCGCCCACGACGACCUGCCCUACGGCGCUGACGAGGGCGAUGACAUUUACAGGCCCAUCAAGGAGGCUGGAAAGUUCCUUGUUACCCAGCGCACAGAAGGUGUCAGCACGACGGGUAUCAUUACCAAGAUCGUCCGCGAUUACGAAAAGUAUAUUGCUCGUCAGUUCAAGCGCGGCACGUCGCGCCAGGAGCUCAACGUCAGCUGGAUCAAGAAGAACGAGCUCGACCUCAAGCGCCACGUGCAGGAGCUGCGCGAUAACAUCCGCACAAACUGGUCUACCACCGGCCAGGAGCUCUCCCGUGAGCUGCGCCAGUUCUGGCCCGCCUCCCGGCCGCAGUCCCCCGCACCCUCCGCUCGCACUGCCUACAUCCAGAACGGCGACCUCCUGGCCGCCGCAAACGCCAACGCGAGCAAGUCCCGCCUCAGCGUCGAGAUACCGACCACGCCUGGUGGCACGCCCGCCGCGACGCAGUCCAAUGACUUUAUCACGGGUUACGCAUUGGGUCUCGUCGGUGGCGUUCGCUCAUGGAUGACCAAGAGCAAGAGAAGCGACCAAGAUAGCCCCAGCCGUCGCAACAGCGACGACGAGUCAGAGAGCGACGGCAAGAGCCCCCGCGGCCGCGUCGUUCCUCAACAAUCUACCGCCGCCACAGCGAGCGCCUCAUAA